CCAUGUUUCUGGAAAGUAAAGAGUUAACAACAAAGCAAACGUUUGGAAAGAGGCUUCUACCGGCAUAUAAACCCCUUCAUCAUAAAAGUAAAUUGUUGUUUUUCCCCUGGCCAGUUGUGUCUACAACUAAUUAUUUGCUGGCUUCACAUACCGGUAACUGUCGCUCAUUUUGUGGUUGAACUGUUGCAACUAUUCAACGGCGCAGGACAUGCGUGGAUGUACAGCAAAAUGACGAAUUGCACAAGUAACAACCAGCAAUUUUACUUGAAGAAGAGGCUGUUCUAUAUGUACCCGGGCAAUGUUCUCGAAUGUCCAAAUCCCUAACAUUACUUGAGCGUCGAACGGUCUUUAUUUUUUCGCAUGAACUACAAACGGAUUUGGGUCGGCUUUGUCGUUCCUAAAGAUUCAGGAUGAGAAAACCCAAAGUUAAUCGGAUGGUUCUUGUGAUGUGCUUGGGGUGUUUUAUAAUGGUUAUAUUCUAUUUUCAGAGCAACCUGAAACCAGCCUCAGCACAGGGUAGUGGGAGGAGCAGUGGCCAGGGGAAGUCAGGGAGGAGUCCACUCCAGACACUCUAUGACAGUGACCAGCUGGAGCAGUCGACGGUGCAGGUGACCCACCAGGGCCGGCGGGAGCUGCUGGAGGACGCCUGCCACUUGUACACGCGCAAGCGCCGCGUGCUCAUCCCCGAGGACCUCAAGCACAUCAUCGUGGAUGACCAGCAUGGCCUGCUCUACUGCUAUGUGCCCAAGGUGGCCUGCACCAACUGGAAGCGAGUCCUCAUGGUCCUGACAGGCGCCGCUGGCCCCCACCGCGACCCCCUCGCCAUCCCUGCCAAUGAGGCCCACGUGCCGGGAAACCUGCGCACCCUCUCUGAGUACUCCACCUCUCAGAUCAACCAUCGGCUGCGCUCCUACCUGAAGUUCGUGUUUGUACGCGAGCCCUUCGAGCGGCUCGUUUCGGCUUACCGCAACAAGUUCACGCGCAGCUACAACACAGCCUUCCACAAGCGCUACGGCACCAAGAUAAUCCGCCGGCACCGGCCUGACCCGCAGGCCGAGGCGCUGGAGCGGGGAGACGAUGUCUCCUUCGAGGAGUUUGUGUACUACCUGGUGGACCCGGGCACGCAGCGCGAGGAGCCGUUCAACGAGCACUGGGAGCGCGUGCACUCUCUGUGCCACCCCUGCCUCAUCCACUACGACGUGGUGGGCAAGUACGAAACGCUGGAGCAGGACUCCCGCUACGUGCUGCAGCUGGCAGGUGUGGAGGGCCAGGUGACUUUCCCCGCCUCGGCCAAGAACACCAGGACUACGGGAGACAUGGCCGCUCAGUUCUUCCACAACAUCAGCCCCUUCUAUCAGAAGAAGUUGUACAACCUCUACCACAUGGACUUCCUGCUAUUCAACUACUCCACACCGGAGUACCUGAAGUUUUAAUGAAGUUACGCUUCGUAGGAGGAGCCUUAGUUUGAACCAUCUGUCAUAAGCACGACGUAGUGUAGUUGUAAGCCUGACAUCGUGCCCGGCCGCUUGAAGCAGUCAAAUCUCGUACAGCUGAUGUCAGCUGUCCUGACUGCUUUUAACAGCUGUUGCUUAUAACAACAUUACGUAUAACCUAUGACAGAGGGUUCAAAAGAAGUGGUACAGACAUUUUUUAACAUGGGUCCCGGGAUUCUUCAAAGCACAGUAAUGCUUGUUACUGAGAGGACUAACCUGGUGAAAUGUAAGGAACUAACUAAAGAUAUCUUUCAUAUCAAAGGUAAGAGUGGCUUUAAGAUGAGACAACGGGGAAUGGACACUUAAGAUGAAGAUGUUGCCUAAACUAGGCAAAAUACUUUGUACUGUAACAAUGAGCCAAUGGAGAUUAAACUGUUGCCUCUGUAUGUGUAAAAUGCACCUAUAGUGCACAUGAACUCAAAAUGACCAAACUCUGACACCAGCAACAAACUUUGGUUACCAUUCUUUUAUUGUGUUUUUAUUUUUGUCACCACCAGUGUUCCAUUCUACAGCCAGACUAAGAGGAAUGCAAGCUGUCUGAAGUAAUAGGGGCGCUGAAAGUCUCUAUUUGUGCCUUAUGACUUAAAACUGUAUGACAUCCUUUGGAAAUGUGACUGACAUCAGUGUCUUCCUUAUACAGUAGAGAGUUGACUCUCAUUGGACGAUUUAUUUAUUGUGAUAUUUGUGUCCCAAUGUCAACAAACUGCAGAUAGACCUUAGGAAUAACUACCAUAAACUCAAAUAAACACAUUUAAGCAGUU